AUGGACACGAUGGGACUGAGAAAGCCCGGACUGUCCACAGAGGUCACACAAACUUAUGCCUCGGUGCCAUUCAUCAAAGAAGAUGACGGACACACGUAUAACCAUGCACCAUCGUAUCCGACACAAUCUGGGCGGGUAGCCUCACCGUUUCGAUGGUGGACCUUCGAGAUACUCUUUUGCCUGGGUGCGGUCGCGUGCAUGGCCGCCAUUGUUGCCAUCCUCAUCGUCUACGACGGCAAGCCGCAGGAUAGUUGGCCAAUCAACAACUUCAGCAUCAACAGUAUGAUCGCAUUGCUUGCCACAUUUUGUCGGACAUUCUUCAUGGUUGGUGUCGGUGCAGCCAUAUGUCAGGGGAGAUGGCACCAAUUCUCCUCUCGGCAUGAUGAUAAAAGCUUCACCCUAGACGACUUUGGUCUAUUUGAGCACGCGAGUAAGAAUCCGUUUGCAAGUUUGUGGUUGAUUUGGAGAUUCAAGGGUCGCAACACAGCUUGUAUUGGAGCAGCUCUCUCGGUAUUCGCCCUUGCUUUUGGUCCGUUUUCUCAGCAAAUGAUCACGGUAAGGCUUGAUACUUUGGAACAAGCAUCUUCGGGAGCUACUGGAGCAGUGUCACGAGUUACGCUGGUAAAUUCCGUAAUCGGCUAUAGCAAUUCAUGGAGCCCAAUUUCAAGCACCAAAUUGGCGAUUUACAAUGGAUUCAUGGCUCCAGAGAUUGAUAUCCCCUCGACUGUCUGCCCGACGGGAAACUGCACUUGGCCAAUCGUUCCGACCGUUGGAGUAUGCGGAGCUUGCGUCGACACGACGCCAGACAUCAAGUUCAACCGUUCCUCUGGAUCGUACUGUUCUGUAACUGCCGGAAAAUUAGAAGUUAAGGGCCAGUGCGGAUUCAGUGACUUUGGAACGGUCUUCAAGAUCGGAGCGGGCUCGGGCAAGGUCUUUUCCUUGGAAGACGUACCUCUGGAAGCCGACGCACCCAAUCUCAUUGCCGAAUUUGGAGCGAUAGGUGUCCCGGCGAGCUUGACACCGGAAGCGACACUCAACAAGUCACUUGCUGCCGAGUGCGCUGUGUGGUAUUGUCUACAGGCGCGCGAGGUCAACAUGGAUAUGGGUGUGCUCACUGAUAGGGUUGCCGAUAAAUGGCACAAGGCUAAUAGGACGAAUGGGGCCAAUGAUCCCACAUCCAAUGUCACUUUUAUCGAUAUACCAGCAUCAUUCAACGCGGAUUCUAAGGACACGUACGGCCUGGGCUAUAUGCAAAUGUACGGCAUGAAAAGCUAUUUCCAAAAGACCGUCCAGGGCAAUGUUAGCGCCGACGGUACUGUCGGUACUAAAUUCUCCUCGACUGAUUACGCAGAGGGCUUGCACAAUGGUUUCGACGAUCUCGAGAGCUGGAUGGACCGUCUGACCCGGAGCAUGACCAACGAGGCCCGGACGAACGGAAACCUGACGAGGACAAACAAUGACCGAUCCUCAAAGGAUAAGAGCGAGCGAUACUCGGGUACCGCACGAACAAACCAAACAAUCUACUAUGUACGCUGGACGUGGAUCAUCUACCCAGCUACAGUGGUUCUGAUAUCGGUUCUGUAUCUGGCCGUCGAGGUUGUGCGCACCGCCAGCAUGCACGACGUAAGGCCAUGGAAGGAUGACCCGCUGAUGCCCUUGUAUCUGGACCUGGAUGAACAGCUCAAGCAACAGGUUUACCAAGGGCUGACGGAAGGUGGGAGCGCAGCCUCGCGUGUGAGCCAUCAUCCACUACAAGUCGUCAGGUGGCACGAUGGGCUGCCAGUAGGUCUUACUGUCAGAAGGCAUUAG